AGUGCCUUUCGCUGCAUCAACCGAGCCUGAUCCAUAGCCUCUAGAUCCUCAUAAUUUGCUCCUUGGAAGUAUUGUUUACCAUCGUAUACCGCCUGCGUACCCAAACUCUUUGCAACUACCAUCUCCAUCAACAAUAUCAAAGAGCCAUUGAUGAGCAUUUCGGGACAAGGUUCCACCAUAAAAUUCCUUUUUUCAAACCCGUCCAAUCGUUUCAUCCGGAAGGAAUGCUCACUGUGAGGAAUCUGACAUCAGAACCACUUUCGAUCAGUCGCAUUGAGCGCUUCGAAGAUCCAAAUGCCUCUCAGAGCAAAGCCAGCUUCUUUGGUGCAAAUAACACCACCUCAGUAUCACCUUCAGCGCCAGAGCUGGGCGAACAUGCACAAUCAUUCAAUCACAAGGACCUGAACGUUGGGUUAGAACCAUUCGAAUCACACACUAUCAGCGCGCUUGGCACCCAAAAGAAUGGAGCAGAGGCAACACGCGCCAGCUCUACCUUACGGCUUACAAUAGAACUGCCUAAUGGCGAACGACACCGCAUCGACACGAAUCCGUCCUACACUCAGAAGUCCGCUCAAAAGUUUACACCGCUCUCACCUAAGCCUUCUGAGAGCUUUACUGCACUGUUCCACCCUUCUCAACCCACUCCACACCUAGCCAUCCACUCAAACAACACCCAAAACCACUCGGAAUGGAUGGAAACGCUACCAGACACCCUACCACUUUCUGCUGUUUCGAUACCAGGUACCCACAACUCACAUACCUACUACAAGGCGCUGCCUUCUGUGAAGUGCCAGUCAGUGGAUAUCAAAACUCAACUUGAGAACGGGAUCCGCUUCCUCGAUAUCCGCGCACAACCGACGCACGCUUCUGACCCAGGCAAGAAACACAUGUACCUGGUGCACGGGGCGUUCCCUAUCAGCUUGACGGGACCGAAAUAUCUCACUCCAAUACUGGAAACCUGCUACGCAUUCCUUGCCGCGCAUCCCAGCGAGACCAUCCUAGUCUCACUAAAACGCGAAGGCGUCGGCUCCUCUACAGACGAACACUUCGCCCGCAUCCUCCAAGACCACUACAUCGGCCCCAACGCCUCAAAAUGGCACACCGACCCCAAAAUCCCCUACCUAGGCUCCGUACGCGGCAAGUGCGUGCUCAUACGUCGCUACAACACCUCUCCAUCCUCCACAUCCAUGUACUCCUCCGACUCGGGCCUCGACGCAACAGCCUGGCCGUACAACUGCACUUCCUCCCUCUUCCCCACCCCCUCCCCAACAUUCAACCUGCAAGACUUCUGCGAAGUCCUCGUCCCUGAAGCCAUAACGCAGAAAGUGCAACACGCAAACGAGCAUCUCGUUCGCGCGGCUGAAGUCGUACACCACAUUCCUGGCGUUACGACGGAUAAGACGAAUCCUGUGCCGCCGGGGCCACUGUACCUGAAUUUUCUGAGUGGGAGUAACUUCUGGAAGAGAGCGUGCUGGCCCGAGAAGAUUGCGAAGAUUGUCAAUCGGCACAUGGAGGAGUGGCUUUGUGCUGGGCACCACUUGACGGAGCCGGGGACGACGCCGGCGCAUCCGGAGAGGAGUAGUGUCGAGGGGCAUGAGGGGGAAGACAUACACGCUGUCAGAAAGGCGAAGAGCGGAGAUGGAAGUACGGGGAUCGUGGUCAUGGAUGUGGUGGGUGAGGGUGGGGAUUGGGACUUGGUGAGGCUAAUCAUUGGGAUGAAUAUGGGGGUCUUGAGGAAGGUGAGGGAGGGACACUAUAGCUAG